AUGAGGAGUGUUGCAACAAGGUGCCUUCUGGCACUCUAUCUCCUCCCUGACAUCACCCGUGCAGCCUGCGAGUGCGGAUACUCCGCCAACAUCACAGGCACCGUCGAGGCCUUCACUGACUUGAUCGAGACCGACUUCACCAAGGUCAUGGACAUCAAGAACAACACGGACUGGGUCCGUCAAGAGUUCAACAAGACCAACAGCAAUGCGAGGGGACCCCUGGGGGAGAAAUUCCAGACGACCAACAUCGCCGCCGUUCACGAGGGUUCGAGCUCCUACGGACUGAGCUCCACAAAGACCGCCGCGGGACUGCAGCUGCUGGUCGAGAGCUCCACAAUAGACGGACUGGUGCCGGGCGCGGAGAUCGACUCAGCACGGAAUGAUGUGCACUAUGGUUCGUUCCGAGCGAUGAUGAAGGUGCCGGAUGUUGCUGGGACGUGUGCCGCCUUCUUCUGGGCGCCUUGGAGACAGAACAUUAACAUUGAACAGUACCACAACGACACGCAGGAAAUCGACAUGGAGUUCCUCACGAGAGAGUUCAGCCCCUCCAACAACAGCUUCCCCGUCAACCUCGUCCUGCACUCACGCGAGUCGCUGGAAAAGGGCUACGACGCCUCCGGCACAGGUAACUUCCUCAAGGUCAACCUGGGCUUCAACCCGACGACCGACUUUCAUGAGUACCGCAUCGACUACCUCCCCAACGAAGUGACCUUCUACGCCGACGGCAAGGUUCUGGGUGCCAUGAACGGCAGCGCCGUGCCCACCGAGGGCGGUCAUCUGAUCCUGCAACACUGGAGCAAUGGCAACCCGUUGUGGUCGGGAGGGCCGCCCCAGAGGGACGCCAUCCUGACGGUGGCGUCCGUCAAGGCCUACUUCAACUCGUCACUUGACGCGCGCAAGGCCGACCACGAGAGCCGGUGCAUCGAUCCCGCGGCGCCGGGUGCCGUGUGUGCCAUCCCGGACGACCCUGCCUUCUUCUUCAGCACGCAGGCCAACAUGACGAACAAUCAGACCGUGUCCGGGAUGCCGGCCGCCGAACACAGCAUUGCCGGGACGGUGGACGCGCCGUCGUGGGUGUUGGUUUUCGGGAUGUUGUUUCUGGGUGUUUGGUUUAUCUGA